AUGUUCUCUGCAAAUUCUGCUGCGAAGUCAGGACUCGUGUCGGCGGCCUUGGUGUUUGCAGACUCUUCUGUGAUGGAAGAGCCUGUGAGGAUCAAGGAACGAAAGAUUUGUCGGGCGGUUUCCUGGUUCGCCAACGCAAACGCGACCUCCAUAUCCACUCUCCCGGGUCUGGUGAUAGCGGGGUCAAGUUCGCUGCGAUGGCUGGUCAAACCAGAGUCCGAGCAAAAGUCCAAGGAAGAUGCCAAAGGCGAAGUUAAGAAGGAUGCCGCCGAAGAUAAGCCUACAGACAAACCUGUCCCUACUCCCUCGCCGCCAGCGCAAAAGCUUUACGAUUCAGAUGGCGAUUCCUCCGACUCGCCCAUCGAAGACUGGGACGAGUUGUACAGUGAUGACGACAUGGUCAGAAAGCUACGCCUCACCUCUGCAGAUCCGCCCAAAAGACACGACGAGCGUUACGAAUCAGAGGAAGAGGGUUUGCCUGAUCCUUAG